UUUCUUCUACUGGGACUUUUUUUAAAAUUAAAUUCAAGAAGCCUCAUGCAAAAGAUUUCUAAGGUCAUAUUUUAUUUUGCAUCUGUCAGCUGUUUGGUUAGUUUCUCCUUUUUCAGUUUUUAGUUCCACAUUCUGUGUGCACUAAAGACAGAAUGUAGGGCAGAUGUGAGCCAUAAAAUUUUAAACAACAAUAAUAUGGCUUACUAUAACUACUGAGGGAAAAAAGUUGUGGAUGUCUUUAAUAAGAGGCUAUAAACAUUCAUUAUUCAAAGAUGGUUGGACUUGUGAUUUUUCUUCUCAUUGACUCUUCGCUGUAUGGUGUCCUGUGCAGUACGUUUCAGGUGUCCUUGGUGCAAACUGUACGGGUUUUGAGAGGAUCCUGUGUGACUGUCCCCUGCUCCUUUGACAUACCGAGCAAAUAUGAAGGCAACCUAAAUGAACAAUGUGAAGCAAAAUGGGUUGACAAGAAUAAAAGCAAUCCACAAUUGACAGAUACAAAUGCAGUGACAGGAGACCUAACAAAGAAAAACUGUACCACCACUUUUGGCAACAUGCGACCUGAUCAUAGUAAUACUUACUACUUCAGACUGGAUUGCAGCAGUUCUCUAAGAGGAACAUUUACCAUGGCUGGUGUGACUCUCACAGUCACAGAUGAUCUUCCCUCACCAACUCUGACUCCAUCCACACUGGAGGUGAAUGAUGGAGACUCGGUGAAUCUGACCUGCUCUGCUCCGGUUCCUUGUCUGUCUCAUCCUCCAAAUCUGACAUGGACCCCCACACUGGGUUACAGUCAGGAGACACUGCAAGAAAACCAAGACAAGACAUUUGUUAAGACCUCUGUCCUGAACUUCAAUGCUUCCUACCUCCACGAUGGAGAGAAAAUUUCCUGCACAUCUGUGUACAGGAAACAAGAUGGAAGUGCUGAUGCCUCAUUUUCCACAACAGCAAAUAUUUUGUGCAGAAACUGUGGCCAGUUUGAAAUCUCUCUACCACAGACUGUACAAGUUCUGAGAGGAUCCUGUGUCACCGUCCCCUGUUCUUUUGGCAUGAAGAGAAAAUAUGAACAAUAUUUAAAUGGAGAAUGUAGAGCUCUGUGGGUUUAUUCAGAUAGCAAUGACCCAAGACUAACAGAUACAAACCCAGUGACAGGAAACCUAACAGAGAAAAACUGCACCACCACCUUCAGCAACAUGCAGCAUGGCCAUUCCAACACCUAUAACCUUAGACUGGAUUGUAAUGGUCUCAAAUACACUUUUAAGUCAGCAAGUGUAAACAUUAAAGUCAUAGAUAAUUUUCCCUCACCAACUCUGACUCCAUCCACAUUGGAGAUGAAUGAUGGAGACUCGGUGAGUCUGACCUGCUCUGCUCCCGUUUCCUGUCUGUCUCGUCCUCCAAAUCUGACAUGGACCCCCACACUGGGGGAGAGUGAGGAGACACUGCAGGAGAAUCAGGACAAAACUCUGGUCAAGAUCUCUGUUCUGAACUUUAAUGCUUCUUACCUUCAUGAUGGAGAGAAAAUAAGUUGCAAUGCUGUCUACAAGAAACAAGAUGGAAACUCUGAUACAACUUUGACCUCAACAACAACUAUUUUGUGCAGAAGCUGUGGCCAGUUUGAAAUCUCUCUACCACAGACUGUACAAGUUCUGAGAGGAUCAUGUGUCACCGUCCCCUGCUCUUUUAGCAUGAAGAGAAAAUAUGAACAAUAUUUAAAUGGAGGAUGCAGAGCUCUGUGGGUUUACUCAGAUAGCAGUGAUCCUAGACUAACAGAUACAAACCCAGUGACAGGAAACUUAACGGAGAAAAACUGCACCACCACCUUCAGCAACAUGCAGCAUGGCCAUUCCAACACCUAUAACCUUAGACUGGAUUGUAAUGGUCUCAAAUACACUUUUAAAACAGCAAGUGUAAAAAUUGAAGUCAAAGAUAAUUUUCCCACACCAACUCUGACUCCAUCCACAUUGGUGGUGAAGAACGGAGACUCAGUGAGUCUGACCUGCUCUGCUUUGGUUCCCUGUCUGUCUCAUCCUCCAAAUCUGACAUGGACCCCCCCACUACAUAACAGUCAGGAGAAACUGUUGGAGAAUCAGGGGAAAACUCCCAUGAGGAUAUCGGUUCUGAACUUCACUGCUUCUCGUCAGAAUCAUGGACAAAUCUCCUGCGCUGCUGCCUACCAGAAACAAGAUGAAAGCCGUGCUGUAACCUUUUCCACAAGAGCAAAUAUUCAAUGCCCUGAGUGUGACAAGUUUGAGAUCUCUCUGCCGCAGACUGUACAAGUUCUGAGUGGGACCUGUGUCACUAUUCCAUGCUCCUUUGAGCUGCAAAGAGAAUAUGAAAAACACUUGCAUGGGGAAUGCAAAGCUCUGUGGGUUUACUUGGAAAGCACUGACGCAAGACUAACAGAUACAAAUCCAGUAACUGGGAACCUAACAGAGAAAAACUGCACCACCACCUUCUAUAAUGUCCAGCCUAAUCAUUCCAGCUUAUAUUACUUUAGACUGGAUUGCAAAACUCUUAGAUACACGUUUAAAGAAGCAAGUGUAAAAAUUGAUGUCAAAGAACAUUUUCCCUCACCAACUCUGACUGUGUCCAUACUGGAGGGGAAGGAGGGAGACUGGGUGAAUUUGACAUGCUCUACUCCAUCUCCAUGCCUAACUCAUCCCCCAACUCUGACAUGGACCCCCAAAAUGGGGGAUAUUAUGGAGACAAUGCAGAUGAGCCCAAAUAAAUCUACAGCUAAGACCUCUGUCCUGAGUUUCAUUGCUACCAAUCUCCAUCACAGACAGAACAUCUCCUGUACUGCUACUUACAAGAUGGGGAAUGGAAACUCUGACUCAUCACUUACUACAAGUUUGAAAACAGAGAUUUUGUUUCGUCCAAAGAUCCUGCCCUCUUCUAGUUGCAUCAAAACAACAAGUCAAAUCAACUGUUCCUGUGAAAUUGUGGGAAACCCUCCUAUCUUGCUGUGGCUUUUCAAUGGGCAACCAGUCAACCAAUCUGGGAAGGUUUAUGCUAUCAGUCACUCUCUGAAUGACACGUAUCUGAGGAGCACCAUCACUGUGAAUCAGCUGCAGGAGAGAAACUUAUCGUCAUUGCUCUGCUUCAGCUUCAAUUCAUUGGGAUCAGACAGUAAACAGCUUUUCAUCAACUCACCUCAUAUUCCAGCAGAAAAUCAAGUUUCUCCAAGGAUCCUGCCCUCUUCUAGUUGCAUUCAACGCACAAACCAAAUCAACUGUUCCUGUGAAAUUGUGGGAAACCCUCCCAUCUUGCAGUGGUUUUUCAAUGGGCAACCUGUAAACCAAUCUGAGAAUUUUGUCAUCACUGACUCUUUGAAUGGCACAUAUCUGAGGAGCACCAUCACUGUGAAUCAGUCACAGGACAGAAACUUGUCGUCAUUGCUCUGCUUCACCUUCAAUUCAUUGGGAUCAGACAGUAAACAGCUUUUUAUUAAUUCCCCUCACAUUUCAGGAGAAAAUCAAGUUCCUCCGAGGAUCCUGCCCUCUUCCGCUUGUAUCAAAACAAGAAGUCAAAUCAACUGUUCCUGUGAAAUUGUAGGAAACCCUCCAAUGUUGCAGUGGCUUUUCAAUGGGCAACUUGUCAACCAAUCUGGGAAGGGUUUUAUCAUCACUGACUCUUUGAAUGGCACAUAUCUGAGGAGCACCAUCACUGUGAAUCAGCUGCAGGAGAGAAACAUGUCGUCAUUGCUCUGCUUCAGCUUCAAUUCAUUGGGAUCAGACAGUAAACAGCUUUUUAUGAACUCGCCUCAGAUUAUAGCAGAAAAUCAAGUUCCUCCGAGGAUCCUGCCUUCUUCUAGUUGCAUCAAAACAACAAGUCAAAUCAACUGUUCCUGUGAAAUUGUGGGAAACCCUCCUAUCUUGCUGUGGCUUUUCAAUGGGCAACCAGUCAACCAAUCUGGGAAGGUUUAUGCUAUCAGUCACUCUCUGAAUGACACGUAUCUGAGGAGCACCAUCACUGUGAAUCAGCUGCAGGAGAGAAACUUAUCGUCAUUGCUCUGCUUCAGCUUCAAUUCUUUGGGUUCAGACAGUAAACAGCUUUUCAUCAACUCACCUAGGAUUUUAGGAGAAAAUCAAGUUCCUCCAAGGAUCCUGCCUUCUUCUAAUUGCACCAAUGCAACAAAUGAAAUCAAAUGUUCAUGUGAAAUUGUGGGAAACCCUCCAAUGUUACAGUGGCUUUUCAAUGGGCAACCUGUCAACCACUCUGAGGUUUUUGUCAUCACUGACUCUUUGAAUGGCACAUAUCUGAGGAGCACCAUCACUGUGAAUCAGUCACAGGACAGAAACUUGUCGUCAUUGCUCUGCUUCACCUUCAAUUCAUUGGGAUCAGACAGUAAACAGCUUUUUAUCAAAUCCCCUAACAUUUUGGCAGAAAAUCAAGGUAAAGGGCAGAUUUCUGUGUUCAUCAGCACAACCGUCAUCUUACUAGUUUUAGUGUGUGUCUUGCUGUUUGUUAUCAGGUUUCAGAAGACUCACCAUUACCCUCUAUAUAAUAUAUUUGGAGGCAAACAGACGAAGGUACAAAACACAAGUGAAGAUGACAUCAGUAUAAAAGAAAUCACAUCGAUUAUGAAAAGGGGAAGCCUAAAUAAUGACGUUGAUGAUUCGUUGUAGCUUUUAUACAGAAGAAAAAGAAGUCUGGCAUUAGAAUUAUCCGACAACAUUUAUAGAUAAAGGAACUUUCUACUUAUGUGGUCACAGAGCAGCUGCUUUUCCUUCUAAAGGUAAAUUGCCAUUGGGAUUCAUAAUCACAUUAUGUUUCACCACUCAUUAUUAUUGUUGGGGCUCAAGAUCAAAAUUAAUCCCAAUGAUUUAGUGGUACCAAACAGCUUAAAGCUGGUAUUGUUAUUUAUAAAACAGUCCUGAUUUUUUUUUUUAAGUGAGAUUCAAAUUAUCCAUAUUUAUUUCUCUAAACACAAGUAAAUAUUCUUGCAGACUUCUGCUGCUUAAAUGUAAAUUCACUGAUUAUGGUUUUAUGUUUGCAGGAGUUGGGAAUGCAUCUUUUUUAUAUAACAAACUUGCUCUGAAUCUUAGCUGUUGUAGCUUGUUUUCAUUUACAUUUUUGUUUUUCCAAAAAGAAAGAAUAUUGCUGAAUAUUACAUCAUGCUAGAAUUUUUUUCCAGGUUUAGAUUUUGGUGUCACUACAACAAUUAAUUACAUCAUAAAUGCAUUUGCUUGAAUCAUAUAGUUGACCAUUUCAGGGUCAGUUUCACCAUUUUGUCACCAGUGAAAAAUGCUGCUGAGCUUUUCUUCAGAUUGUAAAAUAAUGAUUGGUUUCCCCUCUACUUCUGGCUAAGCCACAUAAUUGUAUAAUUUCUUUUCAGAAUUAAUGUCACAAUCCUUAAAUGCUAGAUUUGGUUUUCUUUUGUAUUUAUAUCUUUGAUUAUCUCCUUGUUCUUUAGUCCUUAUCAAUUCAUGCCUUUGUAUUCAGUUUCUUUACUUUUUCUUAAAUUUUGUUUCUGAUUCUCAUGGUAAGAUUUGGUUAUUAAACAAAAUUACCUUCUUUUGAAGGUAGCACCUGCAACACAGUUAUUUUUUAAUCUUCUGAUUCUAUCUUGUCUGUACAAGGGUGAGUUAAAGCAAUUUGUGUAUCAAAUUCCAAAAUUAAUGCUGUACAUAACAAAAGUCCCAAUAAAAUUGUUUAACUCUUACAGAA